AAACAUUAUUGAUUUUUCGUUUGACAAGUCGCUGGAAAACAUUCUUGGAUUCUUUAUUUUUCUCGUCUAAAUGGAUUAAAAUAAACUCGUUAGUGAAGUGUUUUUGUGUAAAAUCUACUGUUUAUUGUGUAAAUUUUGUUUGAUAACAAACUAUAAGCAUGAGUGAGUUGAGACAUCGGCGCGGCGAAGGUGAUGGAAACGACAAACUGGAAAACGCUGGCGAAUCUGAUCAUGUUGAUUCGGAGGAAGAGAAGAACAUAGAGGAGAAAUAUGUGGAUGAAUUGGCGAAGUCUUUGCCUCAGGGAACGGAUAAGACUCCGGAAAUCCUUGACUCUGCGCUUUCGGGUCUAUCAUCAAGAUGGAGGAAUUGGGUCAUCCGAGGCAUCUUCACGUGGUUGAUGAUUGCAGCUUUCUGCUUGCUGAUCUAUGGUGGCCCACUGGCUCUCAUGAUAACGGUACUCUGCGUCCAAGUGAAAUGCUUCGAAGAGAUCAUCAACAUUGGGUACGCGGUGUACCGGGUCCAUGGUCUGCCAUGGUUCCGCUCGCUCUCCUGGUACUUUCUACUGACCUCCAACUACUUCUUCUAUGGAGAGAACCUCAUUGAUUACUUUGGAGUAGUCAUCAAUAGGACGGACUACCUCAAAUUCCUGGUGACAUACCACCGAUUCAUCUCCUUCAGUUUAUACUGCGUGGGCUUCGUGUGGUUCGUCUUGUCUCUGGUCAAGAAGUACUAUAUGCGCCAGUUCAGUCUCUUUGCGUGGACUCAUGUCGCUCUACUGAUCGUGGUCACCCAGAGCUAUCUCAUCAUUCAGAAUAUAUUUGAAGGCCUCAUAUGGUUCAUAGUGCCAGUAUCCAUGAUCAUCUGCAAUGACGUCAUGGCGUACGUGUUCGGCUUCUUCUUCGGCAAGACUCCCCUCAUCAAGCUGAGCCCUAAGAAGACCUGGGAAGGAUUCAUCGGAGGAGGAGUUUCUACCGUCGUGUUUGGACUUGUGAUGUCAUACAUGAUGUCCCAGUACCCGUACCUGGUUUGCCCAAUCGAAUACUCGGAGUCUCUGGGCCGCAUGACCAUGGACUGUGAGCCCUCAUUGCUGUUCCGUCUCCAUGAGUACACGCCUCCUCAGUUCGUGCAGCCGGUUAUGAAAGUUUUCGGUCUGGAGAAGCUGAACAUCUACCCGUUCAUGAUCCACUCGCUGUGUCUGAGCACCUUCAGCUCCGUCAUCGGACCCUUCGGAGGAUUCUUCGCUUCAGGAUUUAAACGAGCUUUUAAGAUAAAGGACUUCGGUGAUGUUAUCCCCGGUCACGGCGGCAUCAUGGAUCGCUUCGACUGUCAGUUCCUGAUGGCCACCUUCGUCAACGUGUACAUCACCAGCUUCAUACGCACUGCUACGCCGCAGAAAUUGUUGCAACAGGUAUACAACCUGAAACCUGAACAGCAGCUGCAACUGUUCUACGCUCUGAAAGAAUCGCUGGAACACCGAAAUAUACUGAACUUGGUACCUUAGACGCGAUGCUUUAGUUCUAUUCAGGUAAUGUUGGUCACAGCAAGCAGACAACUUUACACUUGACGGCCAAACGCUAAGGUUUCAAUCAAUAAAAUACGGGUAUGAUUUUUCUGGCGGCUAGUGUAAUAACUCCAUUUUGAAUUCGUCAAAGAUGUAGUUAAUUUUGCUGAGUGUAAAAUUAUUGUCAAUUGCAAUGUCAAUUUGGGUUGUUAUUUUUACAAAUGCCUGUUUUUUGUGUUGCAUCGAUGAUGGAGACUUUAGAUGAUUUUUUCGCUGUAUUUGUGGAAUUAAAUAUUGAGUAUUUCGUGUUAAAUAUGAUACGUAAAUGGGUUUCUAUUUAAACACAGCGUGGCCCCGUAAAGUGUAAGUUGUCUAAGGAAGAACAUAUCCCGAGUACCUUGCAAGGAAUUACAUUUUGUUCUAGUCUAAUAUUGGGUUUAUCAUUUACUUUGAUAUAUAUGAAAAAUUAUACUCAAAAAUCCUAUCGAUAUCACUCAGGUAUCGGUACUAAUUCACUCUAUUAAUAUCGAUAAACUCAAUGACAGCAUUCCGUGUAUCGAUAUUUUGCUAAACGAUAUUUAUCGAUAGUUUUCUAAUACAAUAUUGUUUAAGUCAAUUUACUCCACCUUAUAAUAAUGUGAUAUGUUUUUUCUAAAAACUGUACAAUUAACUCACAGUACAUACAUGACUACCAAAGAAUGAAAAAUAUCGAAAUAAAUGAUGAACUCAAUUCAAUAUAAAGAUAUAUGAAUAGUUAUAAUUUAUUAAUCUCCCGCAUACUACAUAGCGAAAUCCUUCAAGGAGAUUUAAUAAUAUUAUUGAUUAUAUUGAAUUUACUUAUAGAUUUAUCAUAGGCUACAAUAGUAGUAAAAUUUUAAUUAUAAUAAAAUAUUUCUUACUCUAUACACAACGUGAAAAAUGAGUGUAUAGAGAUAUUAAAUGGUAAAUUGAACGAAAAUUCGUAGUUUUUGUUUGUCAUUUAAUACAUAUACAUGUUAGGUGAAUUUGUACGAUCAAGCUAGAAAGAGAUUGUUUUUUACCAACAAUGUGUAUUUCGUGUAUAGACAUCCAAAUAUAUAAACGGAACGUAAAAAUGGGAUGAGUAUAUAGAACGAUCUCAAUCAAGCUUGUUCGUAUAAAAAGCAGAAUAGAAAUAAAUUAAAUGUGGUUCUUGUGCUAAUAAUAAGGGCAUAGUUAACUUCGUAUUAAUGAAAAAUGAAAAAAAUGUUGAAAAAAAUGUCCUAUUUAUUGAAACCACUCGAAUUGAUUUAUAAACUACUGUCUGAGUAACGGCAGACUUACUUUUAAGUAUUUAUAAUUAAAAUUCUUCCUCGAAUUUUUAUGUGUAGUUUAAAUGAAUGCCUCAUACAAUUUGUAUUGAAUCUAUUAAUUUCUUUAUAGUUUAUUUUUAGUUGUCUCUCUUUUUGAAUGUAUUGAAAUAGUCGGAUUGCUCUAGGUUGGCCUAAAAGGCCUUUAUUGCGCUUAUAUAACAUUACAGCUCAUUUUAUAUAUACGAAUAUAAUAUGUUUACCACUGAACCGAGUUUUAAGAGUAUGAUGAAAAUAAAAAGUUGACAUCUCGAAAGUACAUAAUUCCUUAGUUCAGUAGUUCACAUAAUUAUAGUUAUUUUUUGGAUUAGACAGGGAAUAAUGCAUUUGUAUUUAUGCUUUAGACUGAAUAACGAACGACUGUUACAUGUGCUAAAGACUUUUUGAGAGUUUACUUUUGGUACGUAAACAUCAAAAUAAUUAUUGUUACUUAGGCCACUCCUUUACAACAUUACUAUAAAUUGAUAAUUGGUUAAAAUACCUCAUGUUGGUUUUAAUUGAUUUUUAGUAAUAGGUUAUAAGGCCUUCCUAUUGAUUUUUGCAAAAUAUGUCUUUUGGCAAAAUUAUCUAAGUUAAAUUUCUUAAAUAGCAAGAAAUUUUAAGUAAGUGGUGGUACAUAUUUAAUCAGCGAAGAUAGAUUGAAGGUAAUGGAAAGUGAAUUGACAGGAAAGAAUGAUGUGACAGCUUGCAAUGUCAUUUAAAAUGCAAUUUUAAACUCUGCAUUGUCGCUUAAAAGGUGCACGCUUUUCAAGAAACAUUGGUUCUCUAAAAUAGCAAUAUAAUAAAUAUACAUUAUUAUUAAUUAACAUAAUGUUAUAGGAAUAAAAAUUAUCAGCGUUGCGAUGGCAAAUGUUAAGUUUGGCGAUGUUUUUUAUUGUGAUUUUACGUUACGUUGGUAUUCUCAUGUUGAUUUUUCGCUUUGCGUGUUAAUUUGCUCGUUCGCUAGCUUUUAGUGUUGUUUAUUAGCAUUUGUUAGGUUAGCUUUUAGUUUUUUUUUUCUUUUUGACAUCAGAGAAGUAGUUGCGUUCUGAGGAAUUGUAAUGAGAUAACUCUGCAUGAUGACUUAACUCUGCAGAGUCACUUAUUCCCUAAAUUAUGUAGUCGGUAACAUAGAAGUAACUUUACUUGGAUUUUUAACGAUGUUAAUUGUUACUACGAGUUUUAUCUUAAUUUAUUAGGUAUUACUAUACCUUAUAAUUAUGUCUCAUAAAGUUUAAUAAUUUGUCUGUUGUUUGUCUGCAAACGGUGACGGUAUUUUAUAUUUAGCAAUAAAACCAAUAUAUUGAUUGCGAAAUUUUGUAUAUCUAAGCUAUCGGUGAAAAAACGUACUAAUUAUUAUCUGCCCCAAGUACAUACUUUUAUUAAAUUAUAUUGGGAUGAAGUAAUAUUAUUGUAUAUCGCUAUUAAAAUACAGUUUAUACAUACAUGUGACGAGUACCUACCAAAACGUUUGUGUAAGUAAGGACCAAUGGAAUUAUAAUAAUUAUGUCGUUACAACAAGCUACUACGUUUAUUUGCCAUAGGACAAACUGCAUUGUUUGAUUUACUAUAGUCUACGUAUGUAGUUGUAGAAUUAUUUGCCGUUAUUAUAAUAACCCGAGUAUUUAAAUAUAAUUCGUGUGUGUGUGAGUGAUAAUAAAAUUUCAGCAAGAUAAUGUACUUUUAAUGAUCUCUAAAGCAUUCCAACAGCUAAGUGAUGCUGCAGAGUUUUAAUUACUCUGCAGUGUCACUUAUAUCGAAGUAAAGUUUUAAGUGGUAAUGCAGAGUUAAGCAUACCGUCUACGUAAGACCGCCUUAUGUAUACGAUGGAACAAAUAUAUACACGUUCAAACUAUUAAUCAAUUGUCGAAAUGGGAGCGAAAGGCGAGGUAAGUAGUCCUUUUUAACUCUGCAAUAUUGAAAAUACUCAUCGAAAAAUUGAUUUGUUAUCACUCACACACCACAAAAAGUUGGUGUCGUAAUAGUAUUAAAAGUAUUGAUGUUAAUCGUUAAGAUAGCUGUGUAUAUGCGUCGUGCUAAAUGUCUAGCGUAUGUGAUAAUUAUAAUUAUAUAGAGCUGAUUGUCUUGUGAAUUGUUCAUAGUAAUCCUACACAUUGUUUUUCAACUUUUUAAAUAUGUAUAUGAAGAAGGUUUAGCUCAAAAGCAAAUGUUUUGCUUGAGGAUCUAAAAUAUCGGAGACAGGAGACAUAAUUGGGGUACAUAACCAGCAAUAAAUAUGUAUUUGGUACUCAUUAAAAUUAUUAUGAACAAUUUACAAUAUUAUCUUAAGCUUUGCCACACCUACCAAAUGAUGUCUUACUAGCACUUCUCCGUUAGAAAUGUCCGUUUUGUCACAAAAAAAUUAUGAUCUUGAAACGAUUUUGUAAAUUGAUAUUUGAUGUUUUGUAAACGGCCCAUACUUUUAGUAUUUUUUGAGACAUUACACACAUACCAUCGUUUCUUGUCGACGGUAACUUAUAGCCAAUGGUGUCAGACUCGGAUCUAAAGAGAUGAGUUGCUAAGUAUGACCACCAGAUGUCGCAACAGCUUGUAUCAUCUUAUUAAGGAUUAUAAAAAUUAAGAGUAAGGGCUGUUUUGAAAACGAGAAUAUGCGUACCUACAUAAAUAUGAUAGCUACUCUGUUGUAGACCUAGAUGUGUUUUAUGAUACAAAUUAUUUAUUGGAUAUGUGAAGGUAAAAUAAAUGAAGUCCUAAAGGUGUCA